AGCAGCAGCGUUCGUGUCUGUGACUCUGGUUUUUUGUUGUUUUGUGACGUUGAGUUUGUUGUAGAAAAAGUUGGUGUCGUUGUGUGAAAAUGUCUAAAGUCCAAAUGCUGAGAGCGUUGGUGAAGCAGCGACUAACUGCGGCUGCUGAAGAGAUAUUUGGGCUGUUUGAAAGAACCAUAGCAGAGUACGAGGAGGAACUUUGUCGUUCUAAAGAGGAGAACCACCGACAGCGACACCUGCUGGACGCCGUCUUUAACCCUGACGUUCACUUACAGACAGCAGAUGCUCCUCAGCUGUUUUUGGGCAAAAAUGUUGCUCCGGAGCACCUUGAACAGAGCUCCAGUCUGGAUCAGGAUGAUCCACAUCCCCCACACAUUAAAGAGGAACAGGAGGAGCUCUGGAGCAGUCGGGAGGGAGAGCAGCUCCAGGCUCUGGAUGAGACGGUUCCAGACUUCCCGCUGGUUUCUGCCCCAAUGAAGAUUGAAGAUACUCCUCAGUCCUCACAGUUUCAUCAAAGACACAUUGAGGGGGACAGAGAGGUGAAGUCUCAAGCCAGCAGCUCAGCUGAAGACAUUAAAAGAAAAAGUGGUGGACAGGACCAUGGAGGGCCAGGCCCAGACACAAGCUUUGAUCCAGAGAUGGAAGACAGUCAUGAUUGGAUGGAGGCCAGGGAACCUCAGUCGAGUUCAGUCUGUCUGAAAUAUAAAAUGCCUGCAAAUGAUGGGAGACGUAAUCCUGGUGGGAAACCAUACAGCUGCUCUGAGUGUGGCAAAAGAUUUCGGAUGAAGUCAAGCUUGAUGUCGCACAUGCCAUGUCACACUGGAGAGAAACCGUUCAGCUGUUCAAUUUGCAGGAAGUGUUUUGGAUACAGGUCGACUAUGGCUUUGCACAUGAAAAGUCACAAAGAGGAGAAACCCUUUAGCUGUUCUGUUUGUGGUAAAUUAUUCAACCAGAAGUGCAAUCUGAAGCGACACAUGGCGAUUCAUAUUGAAGAGAAACCCUUUAGUUGCCCCGUUUGCUGUAACAGAUUCCGACAGAAGGCACACUUAAAAACCCACAUGACCAGCCACACUGGGGAAAAACCUUGUAGCUGCUCCUUCUGCAAUAAAACCUUCAGAGACAAAUCCACUCUGAGGAUACACAUGACGGUACACACAGGAGAAAAACUGUUCAAAUGCAGCGCGUGUGGGAAAGGAUUCAAUAUAAAGCAGCGUCUUGUGAAGCAUAAGUGUGUCAAGAGUUUGUGAACUUUAUAAAAAUCACCAGCCUGAGCACAGGCAGAUGAAAAAGCUAAAUGAUUAAAAGUAUUGGUGGUUCAAGCUCAGUUUAUUUGUGACUGUAAGGAUGCAACACUGAACCUCAAAUUAGUCGUGAUGUGUAGGACAGCACCUGGCACAUCUGCUGGCAUCGUGAAAGUCACUUUGGAUAAAAGUGACCUGCAAAAGUAUUUUGUCUCUGUGAAUUAAUUUUGAUGUAUUCUGAGCGUCAUUAAUUAAAAUGAGUAAAGUUCCUAUG